AAGAUGAUGGUGAUGAGGAAGAUAAUGGCUACCAUUUCAGGUGGUUCUGCAAGGGAAGGUGUGAGUAUAUGGAUGAACAUGAUGCUGGACCAGAUGGAUUUCUCAGACCCUCUCUGGGGUGCAGACUCUGACCAAGAAUCCCUCACUGGGAGUGACCUCAGGGGAGACUGCUGCUUCCUGGAAAACGCAGCCCCGACAGCAGAAAAUGGAGAAAAUGCCAGGUCUGGGGGAGCACCCAACCUGCAGCAUCUGAGCCGGGAAGAGAAACGACGUAGCCGGCGGGCUACAGCAAACUACCGCUCAGCUCAUGCCACCCGGGAGAGGAGCCGGGUGGAGGCAUUCAACAUGGCCUAUGGGGAGCUCCGGCAGCUGCUGCCCACUCUGCCCCCCGACAAGAAACUCUCAAAGAUAGAAGUCCUCCGGCUGGCCAUCUGCUAUAUCUCCUACCUCAAUCAUGUUCUAGAUAUUUAGGGGGUGAGGGAGAAGGAAGAGGGGAGAGAAAGAACUAAAGAGGAAGAAAGAGUGAGUGUGAUUAUUUAUUUAUUUAUUCAUGCAUUAAUUAUUGAGAUCAGUGCUUAGUGCUGUGCAAAACAUAAAAAAGUCAUGGUCCAGGACACCUGGAGCUUCCAGUUAAAUUCUGGCAUCAGCUGCUCAUGCUUAGCUCCCAGUGAAUUCAGCUGGAGUUUUCUGUGUAUUAGUGAAGGCAGAGUGAGGCCCUUUCAGUCUAAGCAAGACAGUACAGUUCAAACACAGCAGAAGACGGGAAUCUGAAGAGCCCUCGCUCCUCACCAAGAGAAUCAGAUGAUGAUCUGCUGAGGGAGAGGGAGCAGACUACAAAGAAUAUCAGAGGGAAUCUGAAAAUUGAAGGACAAAGGAUAAAUUCUGCCUCCUUGAAAGUCCAUCUCUUCCUUUUGAAGUCUCCAGGGAGACAAUGCUCUCAGUGAUAUGUUAUGAGUCAUCAAUAAUAAAACAAAAGCACACAUCAGAGAGGAUUGUUGGGGGACAAAGAGAGAAGGAAAAAGAUUCAGGAGACACACACACGCACGCGCACACACACGAGUCAAAACAGACAGGAGCUCUGUAAUAGCUUUUAGACCCUGAGUCUUCUGUUUUUUUCCCUCUUGGCUCUGUCUAUACUUGUCAACAAGGCCAAGGAUAUCAUAACAAAUUACAGUUAAGUUCAGAGACAACAGGAAGGAGGAAAGGUUUUGCUUCAUAAAACUACCUUGUGGCUGCAUUCAAAUGGCUCUUAUUUAGAACUGACGGUAUUUAUCCUUAGUUUCUAUUCAAGUGUGGUUAAAAGCAGAAAAGUGGCUCUGUAAAAAUGACAUUGUAGAGAUUGCAGAGUCAUUCUCUCUGUUGCCACUUAGAAAAUUUCCACUGAAACAAAAUGUAGAUAAAUAAUGCAAAAGAUUUUAUGUGACUUUUUUUUCUGUUUUCUGACCAUCUCAGAUUUUCUCUCUAUGGGCCUGAUUGUUCUCUCAGUUACACCAGUUUUACACCAGCGAAACUCCAUUGACUUCAGCUGGGUUACUUCUGAUACACACCAGUGUUAGAGCAGAAUCAUGCCCUAGGUUUCCCCAUCAAACCUGUUUUAGUUUAUAUGUCUCAAAAUCCAAAUAGCCAAUCAUUGCACCCUCAGCAAGUUUGCAGAUGACGCUAAGCUGGGGAGAGGGGUAGAUAUAUUGGAGGAUACUGAUAGGGUCCAGAGUGACCUAAACAAAUUGGAGGA